UGUCACUUUGACGUUGCGAGCGCUCAUGUUUGGCUUCUCACGGCGACCUCCUGUGUGCAGUCGUGCUAGGGUAGACUCUCCAAGUAGCCAAGUCAAGCACUCAUCAAGUCAUCAUCACUGAUGAAAGGAUGCACGCCAUGCAUGCCCACGAUUGCGAGCUCCAGAAAAUCACUGCAUCCUUAGUCCUUACGCGCCAUGGCAACCGAGACCGAGUCCUUCGUUACCGCCCCGUCAACGCCAGAGGCGGCGGCGGCGGCUCCCAUGGCGCCUACCGUGGAACCAGCAGCAGCUCAGCCGGUGGAUACAUUGGAAAUCGUGGUUGAGCGCAGGCUCGGCCAGCAUGAGGAGGGCGAGAGCAGCAUGAUGACCAUCUUCCGUGUCCCCGCCCAUGUCCGCGACGCCAGCAAGGACCUCUACGAGCCACGGCUGGUGUCCGUCGGCCCCUACUACCGCGGCCGGGCGGCGCUGCGCGCGAUGGAGCAGCACAAGUGGAGGUACUUGCACGAGCUCAUGGCGCGGCCGCCGCAGCAGGCGGCACCCUCGCUGGCCGAUUACGUCAGAGCAGUCCGCGGCGUCGAGCAGAAGGCCCGGCGAUGCUACAGUGAGAGGACCAGCAUCUUCUUCGACGCCACCGCCACCGCCGCCCAGAGCGAUAGCGAACCGUCGGCCGGCGGCGAGAUCGAAGAAGCGCCGUCCACCGGCGGCCAGGACGGCUUCGCAGAGAUGCUCAUGCUCGACGGCUGCUUCAUCCUCGAGUUCUUCGCCAAGUGGUAUAAAGGUGAUCCGGACAAGCUCUGCGACGUCGCCUGGGGACUUCCUCUGCUGCACUCGGACCUCCUGCUGCUGGAGAACCAGAUCCCCUUCUUCGUCCUCGAGGCUCUAUUCCACGUGGUGUCUCCUACGGCGACGAAGUUGGACCUCCUCACGCUGAUCCUUCGCCGUCUGAAGUUCUCCUCCUACGAACUGUCCACGGCCGAGGUGCUCGUCCAAUCCGACAUCCACCACCUGCUGCAUCUCUUGUACGAGGCCAUCAUGCCCCCCAGGGCCGACGUUGAGACGCCGGCGUUGGUCCAGGACUCGACGACGCCGCCGCCGUCGCGGCAGUACUUCGUCCAGCUGCGUCAGUUGAGCAAGGCCGUGUCCACAUGGUUCGUUUUCAUCCGCGACAUGCCGCCCGUGCCGCACUGGAUGAAGACGACGACCCUGCCGGCCACGCUUCUCCGUAAGGUGGGCGCCUGGUUCAGCAAGCUCUUGGCGGCUAUGAUCCGACGCACGCCGGCGGCGGCGGCGGCGCCGGCGGCGACUACACUGGUGGUACCGUCCGUCACCCAGCUCCGCGAGGCUGGCGUCCGGUUCGAGAAGAAGGAGUCUCCUCGCCACAUGUUGGACAUCGCGUUCGACAGGAAUACGGGAGUCCUGGAGAUGCCGCGAAUGGUGGUGGACUACGCGAACAAGGCGCUGCUCGUGAACCUCGUCGCGUUCGAGCAGACGACGACCAGGGGGCAGCCGGCAGGCGACGGCGACGGCGACGGCGACGGCAGCCGGAGCCGGCUGUCGAGCUACGCGGCGCUGGUGGGCGCCCUGGUGAGGACAGGCAAGGACGUGGAGCACCUGCAGAAGCGCGGCAUCGUCGAGAACCUCCUCGACGGCGACGACGACGCGGCCACCAGAUUCUUCCAGCACCUGGGCGACUGCAGCAGCUUGAACUACGAGAGCCACGUGUUCGCUGGCAUGUUCAAGGACCUGAGGCAGUUCUACCACUCGAGCUGGCGGAGGCACAAGGCCAGGUUCGUGCGUGACCACUGCAGCAGCCCGUGGGCGGUGCUUGCGCUCGUCGUCGCCAUUUCUGCGUUUUGCUUCGCGCUCUUCAAGUUGUCAACCACCAUCUUCGGCCUUGCUCAUCCUAAUCAUUGUCACUGCUAGUGGUUGGACGUCACGUACUUAUAUUACGAAGAAAAGCGUUAAUGUCGAGCUUAUAUAAAAAUGGGACUUCUCCGCCCCCCUUCCUUUUCUUUCUUGCUUUGUACUCUUUUCUGCAUUUUCGUUCUUAUAAUAAAAUCUCUGUAGGGGCUUCGGCCCCUCCAGUUUCGUCAAAAAAAA